UAUCAAGGUCCUGCGGCGUUCCUGGACCACUUGACUGAACCGCAGGGCAAUCCAGCCAGCUGUCAAUGAGCGCGCGCCUUACAUUCACCGCUGUAGCCCUUUUUCUCCACUCCUCCCCCUCGCGCGCCCCCUUCAUCGUCCCUAGAACCGUGGCGCUGGACGCACCUUGACAUGUCGCCGCCCGCUCCCAUCGCAUUCACCCCCCACCUGUAGCUUCCAACACUGUCGCAUCCACACCAGCCAUGGCUGAGUCCAAUCCGGAGCUCCAAGCAAGGCUGCAGGAGCUGGAGCAUGAGCUGGAGGAAGGCGACAUCACACAGAAAGGAUAUGAGAAACGGAGGACUCUUCUUUUGUCGCAGUUUCUAGGUCCAGCGCAGACCGAGCAGCUGCGAAACGAGCUUCGACUCCAUAGCCCAGACAGCUCCGGCUCCGGCUCCCGUUCCGCUACUUUGGCAACACUGUCGGGUCCUCCCCGGCAGUCCUACGAUUCGUCGCGCCCCGAAUCUCCCUAUCGCUCACCGAGCCAGCACAAUGGGAGGGCUCCAGAAUACAUGGCGUAUCCACCAAGCCAGGUUGGGCGUUUCCAGGAGAAGCAGCUGGGAAUCAGGACCACCUCGCUGCAGAAACAGCCGACGUAUGGGCGCGAACAGCUCCUUCCCCGACCGCAGACUCCCGAACAACCCUACUCUCGCGACGGAACUAUGGUCAAUUCAGACUUUGUCUUCAACCCGGAUGCGCAACAGGGCUAUGAUGGGGGAUAUGCUGAACCCGGGGACGCGAGCAGGCUUAGCACAAUGCUGGAUUCGCAACAGGGAUACUUUUCCGACUUCACCGGCCAGCAGAUGCAGGAUCAUCGCGACUCAUACGGCGGCCCAAAUAGGUAUUCCUCCGGCGAUGCGUUCUCACCGACGGCUGCCAUCCCUCCGCCAAUGCUCGCACCAAGCGACUUGCCAUCAGGUGGAGUCGUUGAGUGCCAGCUUCCCCUAGAGCCACGUGACCUUCCAUUCAACGUCUACGAUCCUCACAACUCCAAUGUGUUAAUGUCAAAAUUUGACAAUAUCGGGGCUGUUUUACGCCAUCGAGGACGCGCCAAUCCUCGCCAAACCGCAUUUUGGGUACUUGACUCCAAGGGUAAAGAGACCGCCUCCAUUCCAUGGGAAAAAGUCUCAAGCCGAGCAGAAAAGGUAGCCAAGGUUAUUCGAGAUAAAAGCAAUCUGUACCGUGGUGAUCGGGUGGCUUUGGUGUACCGCGAUACCGAAGUUAUCGAGUUUGUCGUUGCGUUGCUCGGAUGUUUUAUUGCUGGCGUUGUGGCCGUUCCAAUAAACAGUGUGGACGACUAUCAAAAGCUCAUCCUUCUUCUAACCACCACCCAAGCCCAUCUCGCUCUCACGACCGACAAUAAUCUUAAGGCCUUCCACCGCGACAUCAGCCAGAACCGCUUAAAGUGGCCUAGUGGAGUUGAGUGGUGGAAGACGAAUGAGUUUGGAAGUUAUCAUCCUAAAAAGCACGACGACACACCACCGUUGCAGGUUCCGGAAGUGGCGUAUAUUGAGUUUUCCCGUGCCCCAACUGGCGAUUUAAGGGGGGUUGUGCUCAGUCAUCGAACAAUCAUGCACCAGAUGGCAUGCAUUAGCGCCAUGAUUUCCACAAUCCCUAUUGGGGGCCCCAAUUCCGAUACCUUUAAUUCCAGCCUAAGGGACCGGAACGGAAACCUUAUAGCAAGACCUCCCAAGACUUCUCCAGCCGAGACCAUUCUAAGCUAUCUUGAUCCUCGUGAAAACGCUGGGAUGAUCCUUGGUGUUUUGUUCGCUGUAUAUGGCGGACACACGUCGAUCUGGUUGGAAGCAAAGAGUGUUGAGACUCCUGGGCUGUACGCUCAUCUUAUUACCAAGUACAGGACAACGAUAAUGGUUGCCGACUACCCUGGUCUGAAACGCGCCGCCUAUAACUACCAGCAAGAUCCCAUGGCUACUCGGAGUUUCCAAAAAAAAGUGGAACCAAAUUUUGGGACCGUGAAGAUCUGUCUCAUUGACACAUUGACUGUUGACUGCGAAUUCCACGAGAUUCUCGGAGAUCGAUGGUUGCGGCCGAUGAGAAACAAUAGGGCUCGAGAAUUAAUUGCACCAAUACUGUGCUUGCCCGAGCAUGGUGGUAUGAUCAUCUCGGUGAGAGACUGGCUGGGUGGUGAAGAACGUAUGGGCUGUCCAUUAAGCAUGGAAGAGGAGGAGUCUGAUGAAGAGGAGAAGAAAGCUGAAGACCCAAGCGUAAUCAACGGCUAUACAAGUCUUAUUGGCGGCGGUACUGUCCAAAAAACAAAUCAAAAGAAAAGCCGGACCGAGCUAACGGAAGUGCUUUUGGACAAGGAAGCCUUGAAGAUGAACGAAGUUGUCGUCAUUGCUAUGGGUGAGGAAGCACGGAAACGCGCCAAUGAGCCCGGGGUUAUGAUAGUGGGGGCUUUUGGUUAUCCUAUUCCGGAUGCGACACUCGCGAUAGUCGACCCUGAGACGAAUCUGCUGUGCUCACCGUAUAUGAUUGGUGAGAUAUGGGUCGAUUCACCUUCGCUCUCUGGGGGCUUUUGGCAACUCCAAAAACACACGGAAACGAUCUUCCACGCUCGACCAUAUAGAUUCGUUGAGGGCAGUCCUACCCCGCAGCUGUUAGAGUUGGAAUUUCUUCGAACUGGGCUGUUGGGUUUUAUUGUCGAGGGCAAAAUUUUUGUCCUGGGCCUUUACGAAGACCGAAUCCGGCAGCGAGUAGAAUGGGUUGAACACGGUGUGCUCGAGGCUGAGCACCGAUACUUUUUUGUGCAGCAUCUUGUGGUGAGCAUCAUGAAGGCGGUGCCGAAGAUUUAUGACUGCUCGGCCUUCGACGCGCAUGUAAAUGGAGAAUAUCUGCCCUUUAUUUUGAUUGAAACGCAGGCCGCAUCGACUGCACCCACGAAUCCCGGUGGACCGCCUCGGCAAUUGGAUAUAGCAUUCCUCGAUUCCCUAUCAGAGCGCUGCAUGGAAGUUCUGUACCAAGAACACCACUUGCGGGUAUAUUGUGUAAUGAUUACAGCACCCAAAACGCUCCCACGAGUUGUGAAGAAUGGCAGACGUGAAAUCGGAAACAUGUUAUGCCGAAAGGAAUUCGAUAUGGGCUCCCUACCAUGCGUUCACGUCAAGUUCGGCGUCGAGCGUGCCGUUCAGAACCUUGCUCUCGGUGACGAUCCUGCGGGAGGGAUAUGGUCUCCCAUGGCAUCUAUGGCACGUCAAAAUUAUCUGCUCAUGCAAGAUAAGCAGUACUCUGGCGUAGACCAUCGUGAGGUGGUGAUUGACGACCGGACUUCGACUCCACUUAAUCAAUUCUCUAACAUUCACGAUCUUAUGCAAUGGCGGGUCUCACGACAGGCUGAAGAACUCUCCUACUGCACCAUUGAUGGCAGAGGCAAGGAAGGGAAAGGAGUCAACUGGAAGAAAUUCGAUCUCAAAGUGGCAGCCGUUGCCAUGUACUUGAAGAACAAGGUCAAAGUCCAACCCGGUGACCACCUUCUCCUCAUGUACACCCACUCAGAAGAAUUCGUUUUCGCUGUUCAUGCAUGCUUCUGUCUUGGCGCAGUUGCGAUCCCAAUGGCUCCAAUUGAUCAAAAUCGGUUGAAUGAGGAUGCCCCUGCUCUGCUUCACAUCCUUGCAGACUUCCGAAUCAAAGCCAUUCUGGUCAAUUCAGAAGUGGAUCACUUGCUAAAGCUAAAGCAAGUCUCGCAGCAUUUGAAGCAAUCGGCAACCAUAUUGAAGGUCAAUAUUCCAAACACGUACAACACCACCAAGCCUCCUAAACAGUCAAAUGGCUGCCGAGAACUUGGUUUGACCAUGCGCCCUGCUUGGGUUCAACCGGGCUACCCAGUACUAGUCUGGACCUACUGGACGCCGGACCAAAGACGAAUCGCCGUGCAGUUGGGCCACAAUACCAUCAUGGCUCUUUGCAAAGUGCAAAAGGAGACCUGUCAAAUGACUAGUACACGGCCUGUGCUUGGGUGUGUUCGUAGCACAAUUGGCCUCGGCUUUGUUCACACCUGCGUAAUGGGAAUUUUCCUUGCUGCACCAACAUACCUCGUUUCGCCAGUCGACUUUGCUGGAAACCCCAACAUUCUAUUCCAGACGCUGUCAAGGUACAAGAUCAAAGACGCAUAUGCUACUAGCCAGAUGCUUGACCACGCCAUGGCACAUGGAGCAGGCAAGACUUUAGCAAUGCACGAGCUCAAAAACCUUAUGAUCGCGACUGAUGGCCGUCCACGCGCCGAUGUUUAUUCCCGAGUACGAGUGCACUUUGCGCCGGCCAAUCUCGACAGGACUGCGAUCAAUACAGUCUACUCGCACGUCUUAAACCCGAUGGUGGCUUCUCGCUCCUACAUGUGUAUCGAACCGAUUGAACUUCACCUCGACCUAAAUGCACUAAGGAGGGGUCUGGUUAUGCCUGUCGACCCCGACACGGAACCCUUGUCUCUGCUUGUGCAGGAUUCUGGAAUGGUCCCGGUUAGCACCCAAAUUUCCAUUGUCAAUCCAGAGACGAAUCAGCUUUGUCUUGUCGGCGAAUAUGGAGAGAUCUGGGUCCAGUCCGAAGCGAAUGCGUACAGCUUUUACGGAUCGAAAGAGCGCCUUGACGCCGAGAGGUUCAACGGCAGGACCGUUGAUGGCGAUCCAAACGUGCGCUAUGUACGCACAGGCGACCUGGGAUUUCUGCACAAUGUGACAAGGCCUAUUGGGCCAAACGGGGCGCCGGUUGAUAUGCAGGUGCUCUUCGUUCUUGGAAGCGUUGGUGACACUUUUGAAGUCAAUGGCCUUAAUCACUUUUCAAUGGACAUUGAAAAUUCUGUGGAGCGUUGCCAUAGGAACAUUGUUCCUGGGGGGUGUGCUGUCUUCCAAGCAGGCGGCUUGGUGGUCGUGGUUGUGGAGAUUUUCCGACGCAACUUUUUAGCAUCCAUGGUUCCUGUCAUUGUGAACGCAAUUCUGAAUGAGCACCAACUGAUUAUCGACAUUGUUGCGUUUGUUAUCAAAGGCGAUUUCCAUCGAUCGCGACUUGGUGAGAAACAGCGAGGGAAGAUUCUCGCCGGCUGGGUAACGCGGAAAAUGCGCACAAUCGCUCAAUAUAGCAUUCGUGAUCCAAACGGUGCCGACAACCAAAUCACUGAGGUUGUGGAACCCGGAAUCGGACCUGGGCGAACAAACACUGGCACCUUCAGGAACAACGGACCAGGAAGUGUCAAAGAAGGCUUCAAGGGUGGUAGUACGCUUGGCAUGACCACCCAAAUGUCGAAUUUGCAGCUACAGACUGGUAGUGUGCAAGAGUUACCAGGCCAGACACAAAUAAAUUAUGCUCCGCCAGCAGGCGUAGCUGAGAUGCCUGCUCAUGCAUACCAUGAAUCAAUACCGGAGCUGGCUACCGAUUCAAUGCUGGAGCUUAGAGAGGGCGGAAGCGACGACACGCCAACCGAAGCGAGAAAGGACUUUCCUCCCCAUUUGAACGAACACGGCACAUGGAACUACUCACCCGCAACUAUUCGUGGGGUCUUUGACGAUGAACCGGCGGGUAACAACUACCAACAAUAUGACGCUUCAGGGUUCCAAGCCGCGCCCCUUCCUGCGGUUUUGCAGCCCGGAGUCGCAAUUUCAGACAUGGAUGCAGGCCCGCCGGAGCCUCACUACAGCAAUAAGCCUUUUCUGAACGAUGGGUUGGCAGUCGCACCAGAUCCAAAUCACUACAAUGAGGAUGAUAGCAGACCACAACCGGGUGAUCGCUGGUCCCUUCCAUCUCAACAGCAGCAGCCAAGGGGUGGACUCCGGGUCGCCAACGAGACUAGCACGACGGGAAGCGGCGGAGACGACUGGGCACAGGAGGCUAUCAUGCACAUGAAUUUUGCUGGCGGAGAACCGGGCUCUUUGGGGAGACUAAGUUGAAUUGGUCGUUUCACAUAACGAUGGGGUUAUUUGUGGUGGAUCGCGCGGGGCGUGGGGACACUUAUCACUUAUCACUUAUCUGGAGAAAUGGUUGGGCGAUUGGCUGUGAUACCGCACGAGUUGUAGUUGUAUAGGCACUUC